AUGGGCGAAUGCCCACCACUGUUCGGGAAGGUGGUCGUAUUCGUCGCCUAUGUGAAGGAAUCAAUGGAAACACACUAUCGAGUAGCCCAGCAAUCGUUAGAGUGCUACCUCAAAGGUGUUAACUACACAGUACUAAUGCCUACUUGCCAGAUACAGAUUGGAUGCUUGUACUUGACGCCUGACACCGGAGUCGUGAACCCGAACCACUGCAUUGAGGAAUGGAUUGAUGAUCGCGUCGACAUAAUCUUUUAUGAGAGAUUUUUCAACUGGGAAAUCGCCAGUGGCAACUAUAUAGUUCGAAAUACGGAUUUUGCUGUGAAUUUCCUGAAAGACUGGGGUGAUUGGGAAUUCACACAGCCAUCUAACUGGAAUGGAGCCGAUAAUGGAGUUUUGCAGCUCCUCAUAAUGAAAACUGUGCUUCCGUGGGCAGUCCAAGAGACGGAAAACUGUGAUAAUGUAUGGCACAAUGCAUCUGGUUACGAAAGCUACUUAAUCUACGUAUCUUGUGUCAAACAAGCAUUGGGUGCAACAAGGUUCUGGCCGGGGAAGAUCAGGAUCUACCACAGAGCCCAUGGAUGGGUUCGCGAUGGAUUUAUCACGACUGACAAGUGGUCGGAUGCUGACUUUAUGCUACAUGGUUGGAAGGCUCAAAAAGUGGGCGAAAGUGGCUGGGAAAGCCCAUUCAAAAAGAAUCUCGAUCCUUCCCUAUGUGGUCCGCAUUAUAAUGGGUGGGACUGGAUUAUAAAGAAACGAAUGAACGUCUCUGACAUUAAAGAGGAAUUAGCUCGGUUUGAACGGUACUCCGGUAGGACGUAUCCAAAGGAAGCACGUCAACUCGCGUAUCUUUCACUGCCGGAUGUUGGCGAAUGCUAUCCUCAUUGCGGUGAUAGCACCUGA